AUGAAUUCGCAACUUAAAUAUACUAGUCCACCACGAAGAAACGAGACAGAGGUUCCUAUUCCAUUAUCCGAAACACCAGUGAUAAGGAAGAAUACAGAUAUCCGAAAACAGAAAAGAAGAUCAAGCCUUGAUAAGAGGGGAAAAAGAGCAUCUUCGAUCGGAAAUGGAUUUGUUGCAAAACCACAUCCAGAUAUUAGCCACGAAGAAUUUUAUCGUCAUAUUCAGCAAGACUUGCCUGGACCAAUAAAGUUGAGACAACUUUUAAGUUGGUGUGGACAAAGGGCUUUGGAAAAGCAAAGAUCAAAGGAUGAGAAUGCUCUUAAAAUAGCAAAAAUUGUGGAAGCUGACAUUUUGAACGAUUUGAUGGAUAGUAAAAUAAAUACAUCUUGGUAUCAUCGAAAUAAUGAUCAAGAUCUACAAGUAAGAAUAAAGCAGCCACAUCAACAAAAUGUUGAAAAUCGAAAUAAAUUCGAAGAAUUAAAACCAAUAUUUCAAAGAUUGAAAACGGAAAAUGAGGAAUGGAAUAAUCUAAUUAAUGAGAUCAAUUCCUUUCAUUCAUCUAUUAAUAAGGCUGUUAAAAAAGUAUCGCAAGGAAACAAUAACAUUUUCUUGGUACCUGAUGAAGUAGAUAUGACGGUUUUGCAUGUAGAUCAGCAACAAUUUUUACAACAAUACUGCUCAGAUAAUGAAACAACACAAUUGGAAAACAAUUACUUUGAACAAAUGAUGCAAACCAUUGAGAUUAAAGCAAGUGGAUAA